GGGAAUUAAACAAAUACAACAUUCAUUUUAAAAACAACCCAGAGAGACCUCCUUUCCUUGGAGUCAGAACCAGAAGAACAAGAAUCCCUUACCUUGCUGCAAGGGAAUGGGAGAAAUACAGAAGCAAUGGAGCAGUAUGAACAAAGGAAUCCUGCAAUACUUAAUCACCCUGUUUGUGUGGAAGGCAGUUGCUGGGCAGAUUCGCUAUUCCAUUCCUGAAGAGAUGCAGAAAGGCUCCUUUGUGGGGAAUAUUGCAAAGGAUCUAGGGAUGGAUGGAAAACAUCUUUCAGAACAUGGACUCCGGAUCGUUACCAGAACAGGUACCAUUCAGUAUUUUGCUUUGAACUUCAACAGUGGCAUUUUACAAACUUCAGAGAGAAUAGACAGAGAGGCAAUCUGUGGACAGGCAGAAAAGUGCACCUUAAAUUUUCAGGUGAUUAUGGAGAGAAAAUUAAAGAUUUAUGGAGUAGAAGUGGAAAUAACAGACAUCAAUGAUAAUGAUCCUCACUUUCCUCCAUGGGAACAGGUCCUUGAAAUCAGUGAGGCAUCUACAUUAGGGUCCUGUUUUGACCUUCCUCGCGCAGAAGAUCCAGAUCUGGGUAUAAAUUCGAUACAGAGUUACCAACUUACAGGCAGCAGCCAUUUUUCUCUGCAAGUCCAAAUGGAAGAAAAUGGAAUUAGACGUGCUGAAUUGAUGUUGGACAAACUUCUGGAUAGGGAAGACAAAUCAGUUCAUGAUCUAAUCCUCACAGCUUCUGAUGGGGGAGAUCCAGUGAGAUUUGGCACUGCUCAAAUCCACGUAAUAGUUCUAGAUGCCAAUGACAAUGCUCCAGUUUUCAGCCAACCUCUUUAUGAAGCAACUGUCCUGGAGAAUAUUUCUAAAGGGUCCACUAUAGCUACAGUAAAAGCAAUAGAUCUGGAUGACGGUAUUUAUGGUGAGAUAAAAUAUUUAUUCCAUACAAUUACAAAUAAGAUUUUUCAAACAUUUCUUCUUAAUUCUACAACUGGAGAAAUAACACUUGGAGGAAAACUCGAUUAUGAGGAUUCUUCUUUAUAUGAAUUCGAGGUACAAGCAAAAGAUGGCGGAGGCCUGAGUGACAGAUCAAAAGUUGUUAUUUUCAUUUCAGACUUGAAUGACCACGCACCUGAAUUAGAGGUAACCUAUCUCACCAAUGACAUCCUUGAGAACUCAUCAAUUGGAACCGUUGUUGCCAUUCUCAAUGUGCAAGACGGUGAUUCCGGAGUUAAUGGGGAGGUCACAUGUUCAAUAGAACCAAACCUCCCUUUUCGGCUGAAAAAAUCCAUGGAUAACUUUUACAGUUUGGUGACAGAUGAUAUCUUGGAUAGAGAGAAAGUGGCAUCCUACAGUAUCACCCUCACAGUUACUGACCAUGGGAUUCCUCCUCUUUCUACAGCCAUAGUGAUAGCUCUAAGCCUUGUAGACGCAAAUGACAAUCCUCCCCUCUUUGCAGAAUCUGCCUACACAUCUUAUCUCCUGGAGAAUAAUCUGAGAGGGGCAUCUAUCUUUUCCUUGAGAGCAGAUGAUCCUGACUGGGAAGAGAAUUCCAGAAUAACAUAUUCUAUCACGGAAGGACUUGAUCAAUCCCUUCUCUCAUCAUACCUCUCCAUUAAUUCUGAAACUGGAGUUGUCUAUGCAUUGAGCUCUUUUGAUUAUGAAGAAGUGCGGGAGAUCAGUUUCUGGGUUAAGGCCCAAGAUGGAGGCUCCCCACCACUCAGCUCCAACGUCUCAGUGAGUCUCUUAAUUUUAGAUCAGAAUGACAAUGCCCCCCAAAUCUUGUACCCUUCUAGCCCCACUGAUGGCUCCACUGGAGUAGAGCUAGCCCCUCGCUCUUCUGAGUCUGGCUAUCUGAUCACUAAGGUGGUGGCGGUGGAUGCAGACUCUGGCCAGAACUCCUGGCUCUCCUAUCAGUUACUCAAGGCCACAGAGCCAGGGCUGUUCACCAUAGGACUCCACACUGGAGAGAUCAGGACUGGCCGUUUCUUUCUGGACAAGGAUGCUCUCAAGCAAAGCCUGGUGGUUUUAGUGAAGGACAACGGGCAGCCCCCUCUCUCUGCCUCUGUCACGGUCACUGUGGUGCUGGCCAACAGCAUCCCUGAAAGCCUCUCUGAUAUUAGCAGCAUCUCAGCUCCUGCAGAUCCCCAGUCGGACCUCACCUUCUACCUGGUGGUUGCUGUGGCCUUUGUCUCCUGCUUGUUUUUUGCCUUCCUGCUUGUGUUAUUGGCCCUCAGACUUCACAGAUGGAGAAAUUCUCAGUUGUGUGCUUCUGGGAGUAUGAAUUUCAAUGGCGUCCCUGUUUCCCAGUUUGUGGGGAUUGAUGGAGUCCGAGCUUUUCUUCACUCUUAUUGCCAAGAAGUUUCUCUCACCACAGACUCUAGGAAAAAACAGUUUAAUAAUCAGCAGACUUGUGACACUAAUGACCCUAUCCUACCUUUUGAAGAUUUAAAUAUUAACAAUGGAGACCAAAUAGUCCAGGUGAGUUGA